CGUAAAUUGGCGCGGUUUUGGAAAGUCUUGGGAAUUCUCGUACCGUGAAAAGUUCUCCGACUUUAUGGCGAGUUUCUGUAUCCAGUGGAUCUAUUUUUGGAUUCAGCAAGUAUUGCUCUCCCUGUUAAUUUGAAGUAGUGGAUACAUCUUGGACGCGGCGGCCGUUACUGCAUUAUGAAGUCAUCAGAUGUUUCUCAAUGUCUUGAGAAAAUCGGUCAACUGUGGAAGGAUAACUUUUUGGUUUCCUUCUCUGGCCUGAUAAAUGAUUGGGAACUUGCUGGAUUCGAGAAACCUCAACUUGAUGACUCCCUCGAUAAUCACACGGCUGCCUUCGAGGAAUUCCUUAAAGAAAGGCUGAUCUUUGAAAAAAGACGUGCGAACGCAGUCCUGGACGCGAAAUCAGAUGUGGUUUUCCUUGGCAAACUUCUCGGAGAAAAUAUUCCGAAUCUGUCUCCGGGAGAACUGAGUGUCACUGCGUACCAGUCCUCCUUAACGAAAAGAUUGGAAAAUCUUCAAGCGGAAAAAGAGGAACGGUUGGCGAAGCUGAAAUCUCUACGGGACCGUGAACAAUUCGCCGCCUCACAAAUGGGACUCGAUGUCAGUGAACGUGAUACCUCUUCCGUGCCUUCACUUGAGUAUUUGGAAACAUAUCAGACGUUCGUUGAAGGCCUCGAAAGAGAUCUCAAUGAGCGAAAAACGAAAUUUGAAGAUUGCCGUAUGCGCACCUUGGAGUUGGUUGAUGCGUUGGGAGAGAGGGACUCGAGAAGAGAAUUAUUGAGUGUUGUUCUUGACGGACCAUCUAAUCAGUUCGUUUAUUCUGACGAUACCCUUCAACAAUUUUACACCUACCGGGAACAGUUGAAAGACAUGUUCGAAUCCCGGUUGAAAAUUAAAUCCAAAUUGGAGGAAAGCAUACGGUAUUGGGCCAAACGACUUGGAGUGGAAGAAGAGUACGCUAUUCCCAUAGAUCAAAACUGCGCGAAAGCCUCUACCAUCGAUUUAUUCCGUGAAAUGAACGAGAAACUUCGUCAACUCAAGAUGUCUCAGCUGCCAACCUUGCUGCGCAAGGCACGAGAGGAGAUCGGUGAAAUGUGGUCAUCUUUGAUGUGUGCUGAAUGUGAAAAACAAGAUUUUGCUGAUCAGUUGAGAUGUAAGGAUUACACGGAAGAUUUGUUAGAGGCUCAUGAUGCUGAGCUUCGAAGGCUGCACACUGAAAGGGAGGGAAAGCAGGAAAUUCUUGACCUGCUCCAUUCAAGAGCUGAGCUCGUUGUGGCCAUGAAAGAUAUUUAUGACAGGGAAAAUGACCCUAAUCGUUUUCGGAAUCGUAAGGCCCAGAUGCUGGUCGAUGAUCAAGAGAAAGCGCGUAUUUGCAAAGCGUUGCCAACUCAUGAGGCGCAAAUUUUGGAUAGAAUCAAAGAUUGGGAAAACCGAACCUCAAAGAGCUUCCUCAUCGGAGGUAAAACGUUCGAGCAAGUUCUAGCAGAAGACGUUCCAAAACGAGCUCGAGAUCUGAAGCACCGAAGAAAUUGUGCGUGUUGCGGCGGCCAAAAAGAAAAUGAUGCCAAAAUCGCGGAAGUUCCCAAAAAUAAUUCGCUUCGUGGUGCAGUGAAAGAGAGCGAUAAAGUUGUUCGCGGCCUCAACAAACCCUUCUCCUCGUCAGCAAUGAAACGCAAAGCUGAGAAUACAUCAGCUGUUCAUUCAAAAAUAAUGAAAACACACCAUUGACGAAGAGGCGCUGGUCUCUAUAAUAUUGCGUGCCACCAUUUGGAUGUAAGUACUGAAGCUUGUUAUUAUAGUCCUUGUUCAAUUGCCAAAAGUGUAUCCAGCAUUUUGUAUUCUGGUCUUCGUGAGUUUUACAGUUUUGUAUAUGAGUUCGGCGUACCCGUUCUUAAAGACAGCAUUUGAAGCUCUUCUCUUUUUGCUUGGUUGUUUCUACAGUCUGUGAGAGAAAAAAAGUGUGUUCUACGGUUUUUAGUCACUGCUUCUACUUUUUUUUCGAAUUACUGGUGAUUGUGAGAGAGAAGUGAUUAUUUUC